CGAUUUUAUUUUAGUUCACGUCCGAUCUUCGUGCUGUUCGUUUUCGUUUGUUGUGAUCCCUUUAGUGUUUUGAAGAUGAACUACGGUAACCCGAUGCACCAUCACAUGGGUGAUCCUGGCAUGAUGCAUUACGCGAUGUACGAAAAACCGAAGCAGAAAUUUUUCUUCAGGGUGCCGAGAGUUGUUCCAGAUCAAAAAUCCAAGUUUGAAAGUGAUGAACUAUUCAGGAGGUUGAGUAGAGAGAGUGAGGUCAGAUACACAGGAUGUCGAGAAAGGGGAAAGGAAGAAAGACAGAGCAAAUUUCAACGUGAACUUCAUGAAGGUCGCACUGAAGUUUCUUUCAUCACCAAUGGAAUGUCUAUCCAAUUAGCUUUCACACCACCAACUCAAGAAUAUAACAAGAAAGAUAAACAAUGUGAUUUCGAUAGAGAACCUGGAAAAGUUCACAUCAAAUCCUCCUUAAUAAUGAACGGCGUCUGCGUCAGAUGGAGGGGUUGGAUCGAUCUGGAGCGUCUCGACGGCAUCGGCUGCCUCGAAUAUGACGAAGAAUUGGGCGCUAAAGAAGAGGCCAGAAGAGAUAGCUACAUGAAGAUGAGAUGAAAAUUUCCGACUUGCCCUCAGUUUAUUUCGAUUUGAAAUAACUGCAUAUCUUCGCGUCGUCCAUUCCAAAACAACACAAGAAUAUUUUUGACAAAGGUUGCAUAUUAUAUCGCCGAUAAAACUAUUUUCUUUUUUACAUUUUUGUAGAUAUUGAAAAUAUUCUUGUCAAACCGAGUUGAAUCUAAUUGAUUUCAAGAUUUCAUUUGGCAAUAUAUUUUGAUUAUGUGAGUGUUAUGGUACUGAUAGUCUGUGAUAAACAAGUAUUGUUUUUUUAAUUUUGUACCGAUUGAAUAUGCUCUUUAUAGCCAUGUGUAUGACUGUAUGAGGAACUCUUGUUUCUUUUGUAAUAAUGUAAAUAUAUCUCGUGUAUGUGAUAUUUGAUUUAGUUAUGCUUCAAUUUAAUAAAUGUGAAAGUGUAAAAAAUCAUCCAUAAUUUUAAUGAAAAUUAAUGGUAAAAAUUGUUA